AGUCAGUAUUUAAACCAGAGACCAGGGGAAAGAACUGAGGAACAGCAACACAUUUCAGCAAAGGAUGGAACGCACUCUGGCUUUGUUGCUUGUAUUUUUCACAAGUGUGACUUCUGGACAAGACAAUGUGUGUUUGAGGCCUGUGCCGGGUGAACACAUUGAGAUAGAUGGGCUCCAGAGGUUCUUUAGCCCCGGUGCGGAGUUAGCGCUGUCCUGUGAACAGGGAUACACCCCCAUCUCUGGCCCUCGGAAGGUUGUCUGCACUGCCAGUGGGGAAUGGACAAGAACCAAAUUAUUGUGCAUGCCAAAACGGUGCCCCUAUCCUGAGCCACUGUCUAAUGGAGAAUUGUACUACGAGGAUACUGUGUACCAGAGUACAAUCAACUAUACUUGUCAUGACGGGUACACCUUGACUGGACCCAGCACUGCUGAGUGCCUUGCCAAUGGAACAUGGAGCACAUCAGUACCAGAGUGCAAGCCUGUGACCUGUGCUCUCCCUCCGAUCCCAGAGUUUGGGAUGGUAACGUAUGACAGGAGGAUCAGAGGGAACACCACUGAUUACGGUGUCCGAGUGACAUUCAAGUGCAACCCUCCGCACAUACUUAUUGGGGAGUCAAGAGCACAGUGUACUGCCAGUGGCACCUGGACCGAGAUACCUAAAUGUCAAGUGGUGACCUGCCCCCCGCCGGAGAACAUCAACAGAGGCUACAUGUCAAGCAACGACCAGAGAGAAUAUGACUUCAUGGAAACUGUCAACUAUGACUGCCUUGGAUCCUUUGUACUUGAAGGAAGCUUCCAGAUUUUUUGUCAGAAAGAUGGGACUUGGUCUGAAAAACCAUCCUGCAAGUCUCCUUGCAAUGUUGAUAUAAACAGAGCCAGGAUACUCUACAGAGAUCGAAAAAUCUGGAUCAAAGACCUUCCUCAUAGCAGAGUCUCGCACAAUGACAUUAUCUCAGUCUACUGCAUGGACAAGGCCAGGAACUGCGGUUAUGCAGUGCCAACCCAGUGCAUCGAUGGAAAGCUCAAAAUUCCAGACUGCUUCACAGAGCCCAGCCUUAUUGAUUAUAGCCUUCAUUCAGGUUCGCUUCCAUCUGAAAUCACACAGUGUUGAAACAGCAGCAGAUCCUUUCCCUGAUGAUGAUUGAACAACGA